AUGGGUAUCAAAGGUCUACUUCCUGUAUUGAAACCAGUAGAGAAGGCUAUUGUGAUCAACGAAUAUGCCGGUCAGUGUGUCGCAGUGGAUGGCUAUGGCUGGCUUUAUCGUGGUGCUUAUGGCUGUGCAUAUGAUCUUGCUCAAGGAUUGCAAACGACUUCCUAUGUCAAGUUUUUUAUGCAUCUCGUUAAAAUGUUACUUUAUAACAACGUAACACCAAUUAUUGUAUUUGAUGGCCAACGCUUACCCAUCAAAAAACCCGUGCAUGAUCUCAGGAAAAAAAACCGAAAGGACAAUUAUGAAAAAGGCGUUCAAUUUCACGAAGCAAAAAAAAAUAGUCAAGCCGAAAAAUAUUUUAGGCAUGCUAUCAACAUCACUCCUGAAAUGGUUGAUAAAGUUAUUGAAGCGCUUGAUGAAAUAAAUGUUCGACACAUUGUCGCACCCUUCGAAGCAGAUUCGCAAAUGACGUACAUGUUUCAGAAAAAUCAAGUACAAGCAGUAAUUACGGAAGAUUCCGAUUUAUUAGUCUUCGGGUGUUCUAAAGUCUUUUAUAAAUUGGACCGUUAUGGAGAAGGUCGACAAAUUGUUUAUGACGAUAUUUUUCAGCAAAGUGAACUCGGCAUGGGUACUUUUAAUCGCGAAAUGUUCAGAUACAUGUGUAUUCUUGCUGGAUGCGACUAUAUUUCAUCGAUUACCGAUGGCAACCUAAAAAAUGCUCGUUUUAUAGCUAGAAAGAGUCGAACUUUCAAUGGGGUAAAAAAAAAAAAAAAGAUACAUAUGUUUAUUUCCGAUGCGUAUUUAAAAAAGUUUAGUAAAGCCAAUGCUGCUUUUUUAUAUCAAUUUGUUUUUGAUAUCGAGACUCAAACUUAUGUUCGUUUAAAUCCAUUGCCAGAAGAUAUCAAGGUGGAUGAUUUGGUAGGACUUGGUGAUUCUCCCCAAAACCAUGAUAUUCCUAUUCUUCAAUCAAAUAAGGCUAGAUACAUUGAUCCAAAAUUAUGUAAUCAUUUGGAAAAGGACGCAAGUAUUUACAGCAUAUGCUUUUUUUUUUAA